AGAUCGUAGAAGAAGUGUUGAUUUUUAGCAGACCCUUAAUCGACCAUCGCUCAUAUUUCAACCGCGACGCUGCCGAGAUCGACUAGCUGGAAAUGGAUAUUCCUCGAUCGAGGGAAUCACAAGAAUAUGAUCAGCGAACGAUGCAACGACCAGCGGAUACAUCUUCACGAACAUCUCCACUAAGUGUGCAGACAAAUCCCGUCAUGAGCGCGAAUUUCAAAGUCAAUAUGUGGCAAAAUCGCCCAUUUGAUAGUGGUGUACAUACAAUGACGCAUAGCCAGGCCCCUUCGAUGAUGUCGAUGACGUCUAUCCAUGCCGGCUCACAGAUCUCCACAAUGUCUUCGGUUGUUGACACGGAUGUAGCCGAACUCACCGAUCAGCAACAACAAAAAUUCGAAAACAUCUCGCUAGCGCUAUGUCCAACACAUCCAGAAUUUGGCAAUGCUGAAGGUGUGAUACCAGAACUGCUAAAUUUGAUGAAGGACAACGACGAGGUUGUUGUAUAUAGAGCACUGUUCAUAAUGCAAAAUAUUGCCAAGUUGGAUGCGGACAUUUCAAGGACACCAAGCGCGCGAAUUCGCGGCAGCGAAGCAGUGAUGGCCAUUUUGAAUGUGCUGCAAGUGCGCAGGAACACUCCGAAUAUCAUCCGAAUGGCUUUGGGCACCUUAUUUCAAAUUUGUAUAAGAGCCGAUGGCCUCGAUGAUGUUGCAAAUGUAAAUGCACAAACUAACGGUGAACUCAUUAGAAUGCUGAUUGAACAUGCAAGAACUGUGCCAUUUUCCUGCUACAAGUACGCGUUACUAACAUUACAUAGCUUGAUUUCUGAUAAAGUUCAUGGGGCACAAUGUGCUCAACAAGCUAGACAAAUGGACACUAUGCAGGUUGUUUCCGAAUGGCUACAGCACGAAAAGAGCGAAAAGCUUUUGCCCGUGAUUGUCGAUUUGGUUAGGAUAUUAUGUGAUAAAAACCAUGAGCAGAAGGCCUAUUUUCUUGGCAUGAAUGGCAUUCCAAAACUGCUCAACAUUCUCAAAAAAUGUCUAUAUGAAAACUGCCUCUGGAGAACUACUCGUUUGCUCACCGUCUUUUCUAACUUCAAUCCUCAAAUGCUUGUGCAAUGUAAUGCGCCAGCAGUGCUUGCACCACAGCUGGCACACGAUUCCGAGCGGCUAGUAUUGGUGUCACUUGAGUGUCUUCGAAACAUCAGCGAUGUGCCAACGGAAGCUAAUCGUUACGAUUUGCUGCGGGCAUUACUGCGAUUGUUUGGACAUCGUAAUCACAAAGUCAUACGAUAUACACUGGAUAUCCUUGCCAAUCUCUGCGCUAAUAACAAAAUCAACAAGGAAUUUCUCAUAUCUAACGGAAUUGUCAGCUAUUUGAUACGAGUUUUGAACGAAGAACGAGCCAUGAGCAAGCAAAAUCAAACCAUCGUCGUGGAAGAAAUUCAAGAGUGUAUACUGUCGAUUCUUUGCACAUUAUGCGUUGGAAACAGUAUGGGUGAAGAUGUUCGGAUAGAAGUAUUCCGGCAGCCACAGCUAUUUCUCGAAAAGCUCAUACAUAUGAGACCGAUCUUGCUUAAGCAGACAUUACAGCUACUCUCCAAAGCGGCAUUGAGAGACGAAAACUUGCCAGGUUUUCGAAAUUGUUUCAUAGAUGGAAUCUGCUUCAUUCAGCAGAUUGUCUACAUUCUACGAGUCGCUUGUAAUCAACCACCAGAGACUCAAACCGUAGAAGGAAUCAAAGUUAGCGAACUGAUAAAUCUUUCCAUGACUGUGUUACAUUGCCUAUGUCGAGAUAGAGAAUUGUUGGAAAUGGUGGUCUACUAUCUUCUCUGCAAUGAAAAUAUGAAAGUAGGAGAAUGUGAUGUGCUUUUGCCAGUUUAUGCUCUUCACGAAGCUCACGAUGAAGCAGUCAAAAAGUCAGCGAUCUCACUGAUUGAAGCUACGGUACAUCAUCCAAAGAUGGCUAUGUUCUUCAGUCAGAGUCAUACUUUGAUCAAUGGUCUACAACACUAUGCUAGGAGUUGCAACCCUGUCUUAGCAAAUCUUGCCAAGGAGUCCUUAAAAUCUAUUAUGCAUGGAGGGGCGAUGUCUCGAAGUCAAAUGCCACCAUCGUAUAUGAGAACCAAAGAAAAGACCAACGCUCUGCCUUCUUUGGAAGUGUCAACUUCUUCGACAGCGGCUCCAUCAGCAAUGCCAAGUCCUACAGCUCGAAGUACCCGAACGAACAAUGAGCUUUGGCAGCAACCGAUGGAAGGUGCUGGGGAGCAAAUUCCAGAGGAUUUCGCCAUAGUGGACGAUCCUUUUGUGAAUGUUUUUUGCCCAACAGCAGUACCUCAAAGCUCUCCUCCAUUCUCACCAUCUGUCAAUCAUUCCGAUAUGAAUGAUAAUACAAUGGGAACGUAUGGAGAAGAAGUUAUGCAAAUCAGUAGCCCGCAAAGCACGUGGGAUUCGCCAAGUUCACUUCACUAUACUGAACAACCCGGUUAUUUGCCACCAGAAAUGGGACCGUCCCACCCACCUCAUCACGUGUCCGAGUCCGAGUUACCCUCGCAUAUGAGCACAUUUUCACAUCAUCCACCACAACAGAUGCCAUAUCCAAAUCAAUCAUGGCAUUCACAAAUGCCUCAUCUACACUCGGAAAUAGGAAAUUAUUCUAUGCAUAAUUAUUAUCCAGUGCAAAAUCAGUCGUAUGUGUCAAAUCCAGAUUAUACGCAAAGAUACGACCAAUAUCACCAUCAAUACGGUCGAUUUCACUAGUUACUUUUCCAAUUUUUGAGGUACAGCACCUUUGCGAUUUCAUCGCUAAAAUAGCUCAAAGAACACAAUUUUCUUCGCAAUAAGCUCUUAUAGUACAGUAUGCUUGCUUUUAGCAACUGUUACUUUAUUAUAGCAUCACUUUCGAACACAAAAUCCGCGUGUGAUAGCUAACCGUAAAUCGCUUUGUAAUACCUCAAUAACUUUAUGCUAAUGUGCCGUGCGCAAAAAUCUACCAAUGAUUCCUGUUGUCAUAUUCACCGAAAGAUUCUCAUU